GAACUCCGAUUCCUGAUAUAUAUUUUCUCUCUCUUUCUCUCUCUCCAGUAAGACAGGCAACCUUUAAUUGCCGUUCCUUGGCUUUGUUGUGGUGUGACGUUGAUGCUGAGAGAACCAGCCUGGAAUUACUGGAUGCCGAUGGAAGACGCGAUGGACAAAUUCGAUGAUAUGGCUUCUGUGAGCGAAUUCGACCCUAUUCAAGGAAGCAUCCCGGCCACUAAAGUGGAGAUUACCGUCUCCUGCAGGAAUCUUUUGGAUAAAGAUACAUUCUCAAAAUCUGAUCCAUUAUGUGUUCUAUAUGUACAAGGAAUUGAGACGAUACAGUGGAGAGAGUUUGGAAGAACAGAAGUAAUCGACAACACCUUAAAUCCAGACUUUGUACGGAAGUUCAUUCUAGAUUACUUCUUUGAAGAACGACAAAAUCUCCGAUUUGAUUUGUAUGAUGUUGAUUCAAAAAGCCCAGAUUUAUCAAAACAUGAUUUUCUGGGACAGAUGUUCUGCACCCUGGGGGAGAUUGUGGGCUCAUCAGGAAGCCGAUUAGAGAAACCACUAAUCGGAAUUCCAGGAAAGAAAUGUGGGGCAAUCAUACUGUCAGCUGAAGAACUUGGGAAUUGUCGGGAUGUUGCAACAAUGCAAUUCUGUGCCAAUAAACUUGACAAGAAAGAUUUCUUUGGAAAAUCUGAUCCUUUCAUGGUUUUCUAUAGAAGUAAUGAAGAUGGAACCUUCACAAUUUGCCAUAAAACAGAAGUGGUGAAAAAUACCCUGAAUCCUGUGUGGCUGCAGUUCUGUAUUCCAGUGAGAGCCCUCUGUAAUGGUGAUUAUGAUAGAACAAUCAAGGUGGAGGUAUACGACUGGGACAGAGAUGGGAGCCAUGACUUCAUUGGAGAGUUUACAACAAGCUAUCGAGAACUUGCCAGAGGCCAAAGUCAGUUCAAUGUUUAUGAGGUAAUAAAUCAAAAAAAGAAAAUAAAGAAGAAGAAAUAUGUUAAUUCAGGAACAGUUACAUUGUUAUCUUUCACAGUUGAAUCUGAGCAUACAUUCCUCGAUUAUAUUAAAGGAGGAACACAGAUAAACUUUACGGUGGCUAUUGAUUUCACAGCUUCUAAUGGAAAUCCAUCUCAGUCCACCUCAUUACACUAUAUGAAUCCUUACCAGAUGAAUGCAUAUGCAAUGGCACUGAAAGCAGUGGGGGAAAUCAUUCAGGACUAUGACAGUGAUAAGAUGUUUCCAGCUUUGGGAUUUGGAGCUAAAUUGCCUCCCGAUGGAAGAGUUUCACAUGAGUUUGCUUUGAAUGGCAACCCUGACAACCCAUAUUGUAAUGGUAUUGAAGGAAUUCUUGAAGCAUAUCACAGGAGCCUCAAAACAGUGCAGCUUUAUGGACCAACAAACUUUGCACCAGUGAUUAAUCACGUAGCAAGAUAUGCAACAGCAGUACAAGAUGGCUCACAGUACUUUGUUCUGCUCAUUAUAACAGAUGGAGUUAUCUCAGACAUGGCACAGACUAAAGAAGCUAUUGUUAAUGCUGCUAAGCUUCCGAUGUCAAUUAUUAUUGUUGGAGUUGGACAAGCAGAAUUUGAUGCAAUGGUGGAAUUGGAUGGUGAUGACAUCAGAGUAUCUUCACGAGGGAAACUUGCAGAGAGAGAUAUUGUACAGUUUGUGCCAUUUCGAGAUUACAUUGACCGCACAGGAAACCAUGUGCUUAGCAUGGCUCGACUGGCUAAAGACGUUCUGGCUGAGAUUCCAGACCAGUUUAUUUCCUACAUGAAAACCCGAAGCAUCAAGCCCAACCCUGCCCCACCACCAUACACACCUACAGGCCUUGGUGUCCACACACAGAUCUGACAAACAUCAUUUCUGGGAUACUUAAACUUGCCAGGAACGGCUUGUGAUGUUUAAUGUGUUGAUUAUUCAUCUGCUGUAGCCAGAUGCCAAGAAAGCAGAACAUCUUGAGAAGUUUCUUGUACUCAAUCGUAAGAUUUGUUCUACAAGUACAAUAUUGUUGAGUGAUUGAGGUUAACCAAAAUAUAGGGUCCCGAUUCUUUGAAGACAGAAUAACAAAGAAAGUUGUGAAAACUUCUGCUGGAGUUUCAGAAGGGAUUGACUGUCAGUCCACUCAAGGAGUGAAGUCGGAUAAAAUGUGUGGAAUAUAGUGAGUAGAAAAUGCGGAAUAAAUUGAGGACU